GGCUCCGAAGCUCUUAGCCUGGCGCCCCGCCUUCGCCGCGGAAAUUCUUUUUCUGCGCGGCGGGGUUCGGCGAAGGGCGCCAUGAAGGAGACCCUGGCCGAGCCCCUGCUCGGAACCCAUCCCAAGCCCAAGCUGGCGCCUCUCUAUGCGGUGAGCCUCAUCCGAACGACGGGGGUGGCCACGGCCAUGAUGCCGGCCUUCAACCUCCGGAUUGCCGCCCUCGGCGCGGCGGCGGGUCACGACGCCGCCGCCGUGGCCAACGCCAUGGGCCUCAUCAGCGCGCUGCGGAGCUUCUCGGAGUUUACGGCCGCGCCGCUGCUGGCGUCCUGGUCCGACCGCCUGGGUCGGAAGAAGGCGCUGCUGGCCUCGGCCCUGGCCUUCACCCUGGAGACAGCCCUGCUGGCGGUCUCGCCGGGGCUGAUGAUGCUGGGCCUGGUGCACGUGGCCGGGGGUCUCCUGUCCUCCGGGGGCGCCAUUGAGACCAGCUGCAUCGCGGACGCCACGCCCGCGGGGCCCCGCAGGGCGGUGGCGCUGGGGCGCUUCUUCACGGUGAUCGGCGCGGCCUUGGUCCUGGGCCCAGCGCUGGGGGGCUAUCUGCUGGGCCACUUCGGUGGGGCGGCGCCCUUCGCCUGCGCAUCACUGCUGGGCUCGUUGGCGCUGCUGGGCACCGCUCUCUUGGUGCCGGAGUACCUGCCGCCCGGGCGCCGCGCAAAGAGCAAAGCACCUCUGCUGCCGGCGCUGGAGGCGAUGCAGUUGCUGGCGCAGGUGCCCCCGCUCCGGUGGUACGCCGCGGCGUCAGGGCUCUUCAACUUGGGCAUGGCCGUGUACGGCACGGUGAACGUCCUGUGGCUCAAAGAGGCCUUUGGCUGGACAGGCCAGGACGUGGGCCACUUCUUGUCCGCCCUGGGCGCCGCGGUGAUCCUCUCCCAGGUGGUCUUCCUGCCGGGCCUGCUCCGCCUUGCCAAAGGCCGCGAGCCCAUCGUGGUGCAGGGAGCGAUUUUGCUGCACGCCAUCAAGUUCUUGGGCUACGCCUGGGCGCCGCGGGGCUGUUGGGCCUACGCCGUGCUGGCGGUGAGUUCGCCCACCUUCUGUGCCGCGCCCAUCCUCUCCAGCCUCUGCACCCGUCACGUGCCGAGCACGCAGCAGGGCUUGUGGUCAGGCAGCACGUCGGCGCUGAACACCGCAGCUAGCGUGGUGGGCGCGCUCAUCGGCUCCCGCUUGCUGGCGCUUGCCCUGCAGGGGCACUUGCCGCUGGGUUCCCCGCUCUAUGCCGGCUGCGUGUUCCACCUCCUCGCCGCCUGCUGCGUGGGCUGCGGCAGCCGGCGCUUUGCCAAGGACGCAGCGGAGGACCUGCCAGACGCUUUGCACGGAGCCUGAAGUUCUGAAGCGCCCGAGUCAGCAGGUGCUCCUUCUGAUCUCCCAAACCUCCGGCGUUGCGCCUUUUUCAUGUUUGAGGGCUCCUUAAAAGAUACA